CAGAUCUGUCACAUCUACUCUCAGCACUCAGGGCGGAAAUUGAGGAGACUGGAUUUCCUCAAGGAGCAGUGACUUCCAGAUGUUACAGGUGUGGAAGCUUGGAUGAUGGUUGUGAUUACUUUGUGUGUCAGAUAGUGGUUGCAAUUGAUUCAGUGUUUGUUUUGAACUGUCUAGAUUGCCAGGCAGGUGGAACUUAAAGCUCCCCUCCACUCCAGUUUGACACUAAAAGGCUGUUUUUAUGUUCAUCUGCUGAAGGGAGAACGUUUCUUGGCACUCACCUUAAAUCUCAGUUUAAGUCCUGUUAGUACAAGAUUAUUUUGUGACUACUAAUUUAAAGGCCAGUUUGGUUAUUGAUUAGUCCAAUCCGUGUUCAAUACAAUAUGCAAUUUUUUACAAGUGUAGCAUUCUUAAUUGUAAUAAUAAUAAUACAUUUUAUUUGCCGGUGCCUUUCAAGACAUCAAAGGACAACAAAAAACAUUAUAAAAGCACAAUAAAUUGAUUAAUAGUAAAAUCAAGGUGACUAAUUAAAAACAUUGAAUUCAAUAAAAUUAAGGUGGACAUGGUGGAAGCUAUGUUGGGGUAUGCUAAUCUAAAUGCAUGUGUUUUAAGUUGUGAUUUGAAAUGAUCAAGAGUCCAGUUGAUGGAUGUAAGGUGUUUUUGUGGAAAACCCAUCAGACAAAUUAUUAUUCUAAGCAAAUUAUUUUUUAUAUGUCUGGAAACACGUCUGGACGUGAGCUUUAACAUCUGUUUUAAACUUUAUAUUGCCAGGUAAGUGGAACUUACAUUUUGAUUUAUUCUCAGUGAAAACUUGAUUUACAAAAUAUCUUUGAAGGUUCUCAGUUAUCCAGGGAAGGGUUAACAAGGGCAACUGGACAUUGUUAAAGGUGCUCCGAAGAAGGGUGUCUCCAAGACCAUAACGACUGUUGUUACAACAGCCGGGAGCACCAAGUCCAGUUGCCCUUGGGUUCAACCCUUCCCUGGAUGAUUUACAAACAAUAAUUACAAUUAAAUGUGGAUAAUUUGAAUAAUUUCAAAAUGGUUUAGGCAUAAGUUAUAAGUGUAAUCUGGCAAAUUCUCAUUCACAACACGUUUUUUGCCAUGUAGUAGUGAUUCUCUAGGGAUGCCAAUGUUGGUCAGUUGGUCCACUAUAUUUUUAAGACUAUUCAUUGGGUUGCCAUCAAAUUUUGAACAGACAUUCAUGGUCCUCAGGCGAUGAAUUCUAAUUACUUUGGACCGGUGAUUCACUCACCUUCUGUAGUGACAUUUGUAGCCUUGACUGAAAUAUCUGGAAGAAUAUUGGAUGGAUCGCCAUGAACUUUGCUACACAUAUUCACCAGAGGGUGAAUUGUAACAUCUUUGUUGGUUUCUUAACUUUUCAUCUAGCUCCAAUCAGUUAAACAUUUUCAUUUGUGUAAUACUUUGUUUAAUGACCAAAUACCAAAAAUAAUUAUAACAUCCACCUCAGCUGUGCUUUUUUGUUUAGUACUAAUUAGCAAAUGCUAGCAUGCUAACCUGCUCAAAAUAGUGCCGAUUUGAGCAGUCAGCACUGCUGUAGAGGUUUUGUUAAAGUAUUUUUUAAAGUGAGAACAUUUUUGAACAAAGGCCACUGUGGCCACUUUGAGGAUAAUGCUAAGACAUUAUCACUAGUAGGCUAAAAGCAGCACUGAUCCAGUAAAGUCACAUAGUCAGUCGCUAACAUUAGCUACCAGACAGAAGGCUGUAGUAGCAAAAAACCCAGUUCUGUUCCACCUCCAAAAGAUAUUUCCUUUUUCCGCCUGGAGAGGGAACAUGCACUGAGGAGCGAGCUUCAGGUUGCUGAAGCUUUGCCGGUUCAGUCUCAGGCUGACAUCAUGCAGAGAGAGCUGGAUAGUUGCUUGGGUUUAGAGUACACUCCUGACAGUCUGCCUCCACUACUGCACCAGUUCUACACCGACAGAUCAUAUCAUUUGGCUCAGAUCAAAUAUCUGCUCAUGCUGAGAUGGAGGAGAUUCUGUCGCCACACCAGCGUCAUUGAGAAGCUGUAUCCUCAUUACAAGGAUCAGGUGUCAUGUUUGACGAGUGAGUACGAGGACGCCGUUCAGAGAGCUCGCAGACUGUCAGCAUGCAGAGAGAAGAUCCUGACCGGCCGAGGAAACCCCGCCUCCCUGCUCACUCAGGACGAUGUGGUCAUUUACCUGCGCUGGCUGGUCUGCCAUCUGCACUCGGUUCAGACCAUUCACAACUUCCUCGGGGUGCUGCACUACAUACCAGCUUGUGAAAGAAAGGAUAAAGAACCACCAACAAAGGUUCCUGAGGAAACUUCACAUAAGGCUCAACAUGUUGAUGGUAUUUCAGGACUGGCUGAUACUGUCCCCCUGCACACUGUUCACCUGGAGGAGUUCCUACCUGAGCUGCAGUCUUUGAUCGCUCACUUCCACCUGUCCUACGACGCUCGUAAACUCCGGACCACCGCAGACGAGAUGGAGUUAUUCAGCACGGUGUGGAGGGAGUUCAGAACGAUUUUCAGACAACAAGAGCAGAUGAAAAGAUUUCCUCAGUACGAUGGCACGGAGGUAAAAGAGAGCCAGUGGGGAAGGAAGAGUGCGAGCCUGGCUCUGAGGAAGGAGGCCAACUGGAUCCCUUUCAUUCAGGUGAAGCCCAGACGGGAUCCGUGGCAGCAGAAGCUCGUCACAAAGCUGAAGGAAAAGAAAUCUGUGGAUGAGCUGCUGAAGAUGCACAGCAGGUUUCUUCAGGUCCCUGAUGUGCUCCACGUGGCCGCGGCUGUAAAGGAGCACGCCGCUCAUGUUGGCGACUCACAAUCUCCACCCACCUCGUCGGUCUCAAGCGGCAGUCAGAGCAGGCGACAAAAGAUCUCUGAGAUCUGGACGAGUAUUUACAGCGCUGCCUCUCUCACUCAGGAAACACGUGUUCAGUCAACCAGAUCUGGAGGCAGUGCAGGCCAUGAUAAGAAGAGUCUGAAGAGUCAAACCUCAAGCGCGACAAAUGAAAGGUACUCCUUCGAGGACAGCCUGCAGCUCCUGGGUCUGGAUGACCGUUUAGAGGAGGGAACCUCAGAUCCCAUCAUAACUAGAGGUGCUUACCUGUCUCUGGUUCACCUGCGUCAUCUCAAACUCAGACAGCUCCAGCGCAUCUCUCUUGGGUUGCUGAACUACCUGCGCUCUGUGGAGAGGACUUUGACCUUUGACCUGGCAGGUCUGCAGCUGGAGGAAGGAGAGCUGUGCAGCACAGCCGAGGAAACUGGCUGGAUGAAUGCAGCCAGAGGAGGAAGAGGGGAGAUGGAAGGUCUCGGCUCGCUCCAGUACAGCCACAACACUCCUGUUGACUGUAAGGUCCAUUGCUCAGAGUUCAUGGAGUUUGCAGAGGUGGAGAACCUUCACGAUUUCUACAGCGCAGAGGAGCGAUUGGUCCACACUCAGGAUCAGAGAGGGUUUUACAUUGUGUACGACGCUGCUCUGAAGGACCUGGAGGAGCUGGAGGACGAGCUGCUUCUAGUCGGCUCACGCUUCAUCCAGAGAGACAGGAUUAAGAAGAUGGGAAAUGCCUCGACAGCAGACAUCCACUCCUGGGCCGGAGCGGAUGUUGACCGUGUUGCAGUGCUGCUCGACUUGUGGACGUGUGAGACAGAGUUUUUGGAGAGCAAAGUGCAGCUCUUGAACUGCUACUUUGAGGCCUACCAGCAUGCAUCAGGGACAGAGGAGAGGUUUGCGUUGGCUGGAGUCAUUACUGACAUCAUGCACUGUCGGCCACAACUGGACCUGAACCAGGAUUACUUUGUUCAGGCCUACAGGGCUGAGAUAGGCUGCCUGCAGAGCCACCAGCAGCUGAUCAGAGACAUUUUGGACAAUCAGAUUGAAAAACAGCGGCAGUAUCUCCAACGCAUCUGGAGAGACAACGGCAAUGGCUGCGUUCAUGACUUUGGCCUCCCACCAAAAUACGUUCCCAAACAUCUGGUCUCACUUGGAGGCAGCAGCCCUGCACUGAUGAACACAUUCCUCCUGGAGGUUCAUCCAUCCCUCUGCCUGGCUUCUGCAGUCUACCAUGGUUUAGUUCAAGCUCACACAGAGCUCUGUCAGCUGCACCGAGCCGCCAGCGUCACUGACCAACUCCUCCUGCGACAGAAGCUCCUGCAGCAGGCCCUGCAGAGCUGGAACCACCUGGCUUCACCCGGAGCCUCCUACAGCUCUCAGAUACAGAAGGACUUGUUCUCAGGUGUGUUUUUUGAGGACCCAAUUUUGGUCCAAAAGGUGGGGCUGUUGUUAGUAAGAUCUGCAGAGGAGAAGGACAUGACGCAGGGAAAAGAGAAACAGUUGUAUGGAGUGGAAACUUUCUCCAAGCUGCUGGAGCUCGUCACCAUCCGCCAUCGUCUGCUGGAAUCGGCCUCAGAGACUGCACAUCUGGCACAGUUGUACAGAAACGUGGCGUCAGAGCUCGGCUUCGAUGAGUUCCACCUUUACCUGAGGCUGGUGCAGUUUGAGGUUGCUGCGCAGAAAGACAAAGCAGAGCAGAGGCCAGUUUUCAUCACAGCCAUACUGGAAGAUGACAGCUCUGUGGACAGGUUCACCCCGUCCCACCUGCAUCUGAGCAUCCAGGAACUGGACGAGAACCAGAUCGGGAGGUUCAGCUUCAGCUCAGAGGAGGCAGUUAUUCAUCUUAUGAACACACAAAGUAUAGAAAACCUGCAGGUGACUCUGGCCUGUCAGGUUGCACAGAAGAACGCAUUGAUAAGUGCUGUGAAGCUGGUUUGUGUUUGUCACUGGGCAGAGAGUGAGACGUCUUCAGCUCAGAGUGAAGUUGCCCUUUAUUCUGAUAAAGAUGUCAAAUUGGACUCCAAACCUGGAAGCGACACCAACAACCUGCAGGAAAAAUCUAACGUUUCACCCUCCAAAGGCUCAGCAAGACCUCCCACCACUCCCAAGGAGAGGCUGAUGGAAGCCUUUGUGUCCAUCCAGCUGGAAAAGGUUGGACUGCGUGACGAGAUGCUGAACUCAUUUGUGAAGAAGAAACAGGCCGUGGGGGGUCUUAUAAAAAGCCCAGAGGAAGCAGCGAAGAUCAAAAGGAGGCUCAUAAUCGACUUUCUCAAGAAAUUCAGCGCACAGAUAUCUCAGUAUUGUGUGAGAGCGCAGAUUGUGGCAUAUUAUUACAAUCUCACCAUCAUUUUGGACGACAUCCCCUCCAUCCGUCAGUCCCACUUCCUGAUUGGUCAAACCAGAGAGCCCAGAGUCAUUUUGGAUUCAGACGUUGGCCUUUGCUCUGACCCCAGGAGUUUUCAGCGUCGGCCGCUGCAGUUGUUGUCUGCAGAAGGCAAAUGUCUCCUCAACUUGUGGUACAUCCCCCACUUCUCGGAAGUGCUUCACAUGUUCAAAGAUGUUUUGGCGUGUUCAGCAGCUCUCCAUCACACUCUGCAGAUAGUUUCAGCUCUCCAUGACAUCAUUUAUUACCUGGUUAGUUUCUCCAGACUGGGAAACACAGAAGACCCCUGUAGCCGUAGGAGAGGACAGGAUAUGCAGGGCUCACUUGCAGCUGACUGGGGAGGCACUGAAGGCAUCGGAGCAGAGCUGCUGGAGAUCCAGAAUCAGGUCGACCGUCUGUCUGAUCCCAGCAGCCCAGAGUCUGUGGGCCGACUGCUGCAGCUGCGCAGGCACGUCGUCCUCCUGCAGUUUGACACCGCUGUGAGACACCUCAUCAGGGAGGUGUUCCUCUCCUCCGGUGACGUUUCCUCUUACCAGAGUGUUAGUGACAACAUGGCGACCGCCCUCCCCCCGUUGAGCGACAGUAUCCAGACGGACGUGUUCAGCCUCACGCUGCCUGUUCCUCCACCUUUAGAGACUCGAGGCUGUCAGGCUCAGGGAAUUUUUCCAUGGAGAAGUUUCAUAGCCUGUCAUGGAUUGUUCCCUCUGGAUGUUUGGGACGUUCCUCCCAUCGAAUACUGCAUGCAGCUGUGUCUGAGCGCUCUGAGCGAUCGCAGCAGACUGCAGGCUAACGCAGCAAUCCUCGGCGUGUCGCUGCUCAUGGAGGACGUCCUGAACAGUGGAAGAGAGGCCGAGCCUGUUCGUCUCCAUGGCAACCAGGAUGACCUUCUGAACGACGGAAAACCUGAUGAAGAAGCUGAAGAAGAAAAGAAGACGACUAGUGUGUCCCUUCUUCUUCAGGAUCCAAUCAGAGUCCAGUCUGUGCUGAAAGGUUUCCUCCUGCUCACCAAGCAGCUUCAGGUGUUCAAGGAGAGCUGGGCUCGAAGACGUUUGGGGCCUCAAACGUUGAGGACGCCCAGUUUCUAUCAGCAGUUUAUGAAACUCUACAGAGCUGAAAUCUUUUACCCCAGUAUGAGAGCUCUGGCUCAACAAAUGGGUAAGGCGCGGGACUAUGAGGUCUUAAUAUCUGGCAGCCAGUCUCUCUUGCCCCCGUCUGGAGCUUCAGAGGUUGAUGUGAAAGCCUGGCAGCUUCACAAACUGCUGGAGAGCACCGAGUGUGACAUGAUCAGAGCGGUGCAGAAGAAGAUUAACAGAGAGCUGACGCUGGUGGUUUCAGAGCGCACUCGAAAGGACACAGGCCUACCUACAGAGCUGUGGAAGAAAGCCCCGCUGAAGUACAGUUUGUCCCCCGAGCGGCCGCAGAUUGUGGAAACGUUCGUCCAGCAGCUGAUGGAGGGAGGUGAAGAGGUCGAGGGACAGCUGAGGGUCUCUCAGGAUCGCCUCCAGCUGUGUCUCACUCACCUUGGCUGUUCUCUGAUGGAGCGAGAGCGCCGCAGCUUUCUGCUUUACUCGCAGUUUUAUGAACAAAUCCUGCAGCAGGAGACUCGGCUCCUGUAUCAGCGAGAACAGGAUUUAAAGAAUCUUAAGGACUCUCAGAAGAGUGACUCUCACAAAGAGGGUGCUGUUGUCGUAUGUCGUGGGAUGAUGUUGGAGAUCUCGGCGCUGCAGGCGCAAGUCGCUCACCUGGAAGAAGAGAAGAGAACUCUGGAAGAGCAACUCAGUCUCAAAUUCAGAGAACGCUAUGACCCUUUAGUCCGACACCUCUUCUCUACCUGCAUCCAGCUAAAGGCCAGGCUGGAUGGGUACCAGCGGCAGAUGGAGCAAGAUGUGAGUGAGAUGGUGAGCAGAACAAGAAGCGAGGGAGUGCACCGAAUCAUCAAGCUCAAGAAGAAGUACAGCUGCACCAACGACAGUGAUGGACUCACACUCACACAGUCAAAGAGAGAAGACGUGGAUGAGUUGAGCCUGGAGAACAGCCGGCUGGCUGCUCUGCUCUGUAAACAGAAGGCUCUGAGCCGCUGGAGGCAGGCGCUCCACCAGGAGAAACUCCACCGACAGCUGCUUCAAACUCAGCAGAGGGAGGUCAGCUGUCGCAGCGCGGCCCUCCGAGUGAAGAUGACAUCAGAGGAGGAGGUGGUUGUCCUGCAGGAGGAGCUGGAGGCCGCCAGGAAGGUGUUGAGCCGCUGCCAGGCCGAGAGCAGCAGCGCCAGGAAGCUGCUCCGCAUGAAGACAGAGGAGCUCCAGGUGGCCAGGCAUCAGUCUGCACAGGAGGCCCGCAGCAGGCAGGAGCUGGACAGCUAUCGGGUGCAGAGCCUGGAACGAAUGCGAGCCGACAUGGAGGACAGAGAGAGACGGCUCAAGGUGUUCAGCGAGCAGCUGGACAGAGGCAGCCGGAUGAACCAGUUACAGCGACAACGCAGUGCCAAAGAGAUCCGACAGGUAAAGGGCCAGCUCCAACAGGAGCUCAGCCUCAAACAAGAAGCCUUUCAGCAAGUGGAUAAACUGCAGAGCCAGGUGAACGACAUGGAGGCAGCGUUCUCCAGAUGCACCUCUACACCAGGUCUACACAGGGCCAGUCAGCAGCAGUCUGCCUCGCAGCUUGGCAGCCUCACAAACUACGCAACACUUCAGAGCUUUGCUACAGCGCCACGGCACCAGAGAGCAGAAACAGCCAGGAGUCGCUCCAACACAAGAAUAGACCGGCCUAAAGCAGAUCCGUCUCACCUGCGUGUCCAAACUGCUGCGAGGCUGUUACCAGACCUGUGACAUUCUCCCUUGGGUGUUUUGUAAAGCAACACCAACUUGUUUAACAUGUUAGCUGCUGUUUGACAUGCAAAGUGCCUAUGCAGCAUGUUUGUGAACCAAGUUAUUUUCAAAGCUAAGACAUAACCCUCUGCCAGGGUUUGGCUAAUUUGUCAUUCAAAAAGGCAUUUUAUUAUCCAGUAAAUUUAAGUUCGCUUCAACACAGUGCAGCACCCUUAUGCUGUUUUGGCCCAUAUUUCAAUUCUAUGUAAAAUGGAGUAAUGAUACAAUAAUUUCUGUCAAGUGAAAAUGAAAUGUCUUAAUAAAACACUGUAUUGUGUUA